GCCGAUAUCCAUGCGGCGGGGAGCGCGGCGUCCUGGAUGAAAUACAUGCAACAACCGUUACGUAGCUAGGGGCUUCAUAUUCUCCUUCUUAUCCGAUCUCGGUGCAUCUCAUGUCUCUUCUCUUUAUAAAGGCGCGGCAGCCCCUUCCCGCUGGGCCCGUUUACACCCCAUCGUCCUCGCCACCAUGAAUGCGUACUCUACUGGCUCUGGCAGCCACUCCAACCUCGUUAGCCCCCUCGCGGGUCUCAACCUCGACGCGUUCGACGCUGGUCGUGCCGGAUACACAUACGGACAGUACGGCAACAUUGACACAACAUACCUGUACCAACGUCCACAGUACAUCUUCAGCAACCCUGCCUACCCUGGUUACGGGUACCCGCACAAGCUGCCUCCAGCCCUCCCCGAGUAUUCGUUGAACUGGAGCUGGCCCUGGGCUCCAGCAAUGAACCCCUACACGGAUCCAUUACCGCAGGUGGCGUACAAUCCAUUUGUUCUGCAACAUAUGGAAUUUCCUGCUUCACCGACGGACACCAUCGCCUCCGAUCUCUCUCCGUCACCGGCGCCUCAGCGCGUACCGUUAUUGGCUCCCAAGCCUCUACCGUACCACUCUCCCAAGUUCCUACAGUUCGAGCUGCCGGACGAAGAUGAGGACCUCUCGCACCCGCCCUACAUCCGGCCGUCCAAGCGAAAGCGGGUUGACGAAGACGAAGACGCCCAGGAACAGGGGCGCAUGAAGAGGCGAGCGUCGGAAGACGUGUCCGCGACGUCGACAUGGUCUGGCCAUGGUCCGUCGGGACAGUUUGCGCCCAGACGCCAGUCAAUGCCACAAUUAGCGGCCAGCGCACGACGUCGGCGCUGACGAUUCAAUUGGUCGCCUCAUCUAUUGCGCAAUCGUUAUCCCGUACAGGCUUAUCUGUAAAUCUGUAUUAUGUUAUCAGCCUCCGAUAUUCCAGUACAUUCAAUUCUGGCCCACCUUUGCCGACCCUCGUGUCGAGCACUACAAGAGGGUUCGGCAAGAAGUUUUGUGGGGCUACGACGGCCGUCAGUGAGGUGCAUGUAACUCCGGUGUCAUCUGGCUGUACAUAGGACGCGCCAUACUCGGGUGGUGUCACGGGUAAUUACGAGGGGUAUGGACCCGGGCUGAGAGACCCGAUCACCCAGGGCAGCUAUUACUUGCACUUGUGCCUGUCUCAGUUGCUGUGUCGGGAUGUCACGGUGUGUGCGGGCUACGGCUGGGCGGUAGGGACGUUGCGUGGGGGUGAAUGGACUGCUGAUAUGUUAUCGCGCGUAUUUUAAUAGUACCAUACUGAACACUGCUACUGGCUCCUUUUGAUUGCAUGCUUGUGCUUGGCUGCUUA